CACUUCACAGUUACAUUUGGCAGGCUGGCGGGCUCGCAAGCCGGGGAGCGCUCGGCCCAGAAUUAGUGGAUGGAUUUGGAAUCUCCCUGCCUCCUCCAAGCUCCGCCACUGCCACUUUAGGCAUAGACCUGAGCGUCAACACGCGAGCCGUACUUUUAGGCUGCGGACACAGAGCCCAGCGCGCCAGCUUCGCAUCCCCGCACCAGGCUCCGCAGCUCGGAGAGGCAUGAACGCGAUCCGGAGGAGACUACCCUGCGCGCGGGGAUCCGUGGACAUUAGCCGCUCUCGGGAACUGACCCCCAGCUCCUUCAGCCAUUUAUGAACCCAGAGGCUUGAGAUUUUUUUCCGCAUCCCGGAGCCCGACCUGAGAAAUUUCAAUGAAAAGGAAAGUCAAUGGAUCGUGGUCUUUGAAAAGCUGCUUAGACAUGUCUGUGUCCCGGCUCUCUGAACCCGUGGCAGAGCUGUAAGUAAGCGCUUCACAGUGCGUGAUGAAUUGGAUGGCUUCGGACCCGAGGCAAAAAAAAUAAUUGUCUCAUUUUCGUGCUGAUUUGCUUAACUGGUGGGACCAUGCCAGAAAGGCUAGCGGAGACGCUUGUGGACCUCUGGACUCCAUUAAUAAUGUUAUGGAUUACUCUUCCCUCUUUUGUGUACCUGGCUCCGAUGAAUCAGGCUCACGCUUUAACUGCUGGAUCCCCUUUGGAACUAAGCAGGCAGAGUGAAGAAAUGCGGAUUUUGAACCGCUCCAAAAGAGGUUGGGUUUGGAAUCAAAUGUUUGUCCUGGAAGAAUUUUCUGGACCUGAACCGAUUCUCGUUGGCCGGUUACACACAGAUCUGGAUCCUGGGAGCAAAAAAAUCAAGUAUAUCCUAUCGGGUGAUGGAGCCGGCACAAUCUUUCAAAUAAACGAUAUAACUGGAGACAUCCAUGCUAUCAAAAGACUUGACCGAGAGGAAAAGGCUGAGUAUACGUUAACAGCUCAGGCAGUGGACUGGGAGACAAACAAACCUCUCGAGCCUCCUUCUGAAUUUAUCAUUAAGGUUCAAGACAUCAACGACAAUGCCCCUGAGUUUCUCAAUGGACCUUACCAUGCUACUGUUCCAGAGAUGUCCAUCUUGGGUACGUCUGUCACUAAUGUAACGGCCACUGAUGCUGACGAUCCAGUUUAUGGAAACAGUGCAAAGUUGGUUUACAGUAUCUUGGAGGGACAGCCGUAUUUUUCCAUUGAGCCUGAAACAGCUAUUAUAAAAACUGCCCUUCCUAACAUGGACAGAGAGGCCAAGGAGGAAUACCUGGUUGUAAUUCAAGCCAAAGAUAUGGGUGGGCAUUCCGGUGGUCUGUCUGGAACCACGACACUCACAGUGACGCUUACCGAUGUGAAUGACAAUCCUCCAAAAUUUGCUCAAAGUUUGUAUCACUUCUCAGUACCAGAAGAUGUGGUCCUUGGCACUGCAAUAGGAAGGGUUAAAGCCAAUGACCAGGAUAUUGGUGAAAAUGCACAAUCUUCCUAUGACAUCAUUGAUGGAGAUGGGACAGCACUAUUUGAAAUCACUUCUGAUGCCCAGGCACAGGAUGGUGUUAUAAGACUAAGAAAGCCUCUGGACUUUGAGACCAAAAAAUCCUAUACUCUGAAGGUGGAGGCGGCCAAUAUCCACAUCGACCCACGUUUCAGUGGCAGGGGACCCUUUAAAGAUACAGCAACAGUCAAAAUUGUUGUAGAGGAUGCUGAUGAGCCUCCGGUCUUCUCUUCACCGACUUACCUCCUUGAAGUUCAUGAAAAUGCUGCCUUGAACUCUGUGAUUGGCCAAGUGACAGCUCGUGACCCUGAUAUCACUUCCAGCCCAAUAAGGUUUUCCAUUGACCGCCACACUGACCUGGAGAGACAGUUCAACAUCAAUGCAGAUGAUGGGAAGAUAACACUGGCGACUCCACUGGACAGAGAGCUAAGUGUCUGGCACAACAUCACCAUCAUUGCUACUGAGAUCAGGAACCACAGUCAGAUAUCUCGAGUGCCUGUUGCUAUUAAAGUGCUGGAUGUCAAUGACAACGCCCCUGAAUUCGCAUCCGAAUAUGAGGCAUUUUUAUGUGAAAAUGGAAAACCCGGCCAAGUCAUUCAAACAGUAAGCGCCAUGGACAAAGACGAUCCCAAAAAUGGACAUUUUUUCUUGUACAGUCUUCUUCCAGAAAUGGUCAACAACCCAAAUUUCACCAUCAAGAAAAACGAAGAUAAUUCCCUGAGCAUUCUGGCAAAACAUAAUGGAUUCAACCGCCAGAAGCAAGAAGUCUACCUUCUGCCUAUCGUGAUCAGUGACAGUGGGAACCCCCCUCUGAGUAGCACCAGUACCCUGACCAUCCGCGUCUGUGGCUGUAGCAAUGAUGGCGUGGUUCAGUCGUGCAAUGUCGAAGCUUAUGUCCUUCCUAUUGGGCUCAGUAUGGGCGCGUUAAUUGCUAUAUUAGCAUGCAUCAUUUUGCUGCUCGUCAUUGUGGUUCUGUUCGUUACCCUGAGGCGGCAUAAAAAUGAACCACUAAUAAUCAAAGAUGAUGAAGACGUUCGAGAAAACAUCAUUCGCUACGACGACGAAGGAGGCGGGGAGGAGGACACAGAGGCUUUUGACAUUGCAACUUUGCAAAACCCAGAUGGAAUUAAUGGAUUUUUACCCCGUAAGGAUAUUAAACCAGAUUUGCAGUUUAUGCCAAGGCAAGGGCUUGCUCCAGUUCCAAAUGGUGUUGAUGUCGAUGAAUUUAUAAAUGUAAGGCUUCAUGAGGCAGAUAAUGACCCCACGGCCCCACCAUAUGACUCCAUUCAGAUUUAUGGCUAUGAAGGCCGAGGGUCUGUGGCUGGCUCUCUCAGCUCGUUGGAGUCCACCACAUCAGACUCAGACCAGAAUUUUGACUACCUCAGUGACUGGGGUCCCCGCUUUAAGAGACUGGGCGAACUCUACUCUGUUGGUGAAAGUGACAAAGAAACUUGACAGUGGAUUACAUAAAUAAUCAAUGGAACUGAGCAUUCUGUAAUAUUCUAGGGUCACUCCCCUUAGAUGCAACAAAUGUGGCUAUUUGUUUUAGAGGCAAGUUUAGCACCAAUCAUCUAUAAACUCAACCACAUUUUAAUGUUGAACCAAAAAAAAAAUAAUAAAAAAUAAAAAGUA